UAGAAACUAGAAAUAACAUCUAAAUUUCAUACACAUCUGUAUUAUAAGACAAUGUUCAUGUUUAAAAGAGUAAUUCAUCCUUCCACAAGCUCAAAACAAGGCAGCUCGCGAGCUUAGCUCGACAAGCCACCGAAUCAAGCUAGCUCGCGAGCUUAUCAAGCUGAGCAUGGUCUAGCUCAGGCUUGGCUCGUUAACUAACGAGUUGGCUCGCGAGCCGGCUUGUUAAAUAACGAGUCGAGUGUCGAACGAGUUUUUUCCGAUUCGAACGCCGAGUUGCUCGUGAGCGGCUUGGCUCAUUUGCAGCCCUACUUUCAGGUAGAUAUCUCAAUUCAGUUAAUGAAUUAAACCGAUUUUGGGUAUGAAAUUAUAUCCUAACAUUUAAUAGACAAACUUCAGUAGUGAUGACAAUUUGAACUCAAUUUGAUGGUUAUUACCCGAAUAUGUCCUACGCUGCAGCCGAUAAUACCCGACCCAUAGUAGUGUUGGGAUGGUGUGUGGUUGGGGGGGGGGGGGGGAUUAAAGGUUAGGGUAUAGUGUCAUGCAUCCAAUUCCGGUUAAUUCAUGAUCCAAAUAGCAAAACUCAACGGGCGUAAGGUAGCCUGAACUAUAUGUAUAUAUUAUUUAUCCAAUAACUCAUUUUCUUUUAUUUAUCACUAAAAACUAAACGUUUACCUUCCAAUGAUAUAUAAGAACGGAUCGACCUGCUCCAACAUGUACCCCGCCCGCCCGUGUAUUACCUGACCUUACCCGCCGCGUUUGAUGUCGGUAUGUGUAUCGAGAUACAUGCGCCCACUAAACCCCGCGCCAUAUUUCGAUUCUCUAAAACCAAAAUCUGAAGAUCAAUUUAAUAAAUAAUAAAAAAAAUUGAUGCAAGAACAUCACAAUACCCUAAUAGCUUUUGAUUUCCUUUUAUUUCUUAUAUAUUAGAAGGGUGGGGGGAGCAUCUUGGCACAUUAAGAAAUUGUGCUUACAAUGAUGGAGAAGAUCACAAUACCCUAACCACCGUAUCCCAUAUAUUCCCCUCCAUUGCUGUCCCCCGCCCUAACCCUUUCUUCCCAUCUGAAAAAAACAAGUACAGUGAAUACACCCUUCUUCUUUUUCGGCUAACAAAAACACAAGGUCAAAAAAGUCUUGGUUGAGCAGCCGAUGUUUCCUUUAUACCAAGGCAAUGAGCUGUGCUUCCAGAUCUCCUCCUCCUCAUCACCAAAUCCUCAACAUCUGAUUCUCCCCACCAACACCACUCCUCCUACUCCUAUACCUAACCCUCACCAUACUUAUCAUGCUCCAGCUCCAGCUCCACGGCGACGGAAGAAGCCGGCUUCUAAUCCUGCCGUCAUGGAGAAUAGUAUUAGCGGCGGUGCAGCUAAGGACGGCGGCGGCCAGGAGCAUGAGAAGAAAGUGAUGCACAGAGAAAUCGAGAGGCAACGGCGGCAAGAAAUGUCCACCCUCUACGCUUCCCUUCGUUUCCUCCUCCCUCUCAAGUUCAUCAAGGGAAGGAGAUCGAUGUCGGAUCACAUGAACGAGGCGGUGAAUUACAUAAAGCACUUGCAACGGAGGAUCCAAGACCUCGACGCCCAAAAAAACCAGCUCGUGAUUUUGAGGAGGAAGAAGAAGAAGAAUACUACUACGUUGACCAAUAAUAUUGGCUCGAGUAGUACUACUACCGCUUCCGUCACUGCGAGGCCAAGCGGUGGGCAUCCGACGGUGGAGGUCCGGCGGUGUUUGGGCGGGUUGGAGAUCGUGCUGGCGGAGGAGGAGGGUGGCGGCGGUGGCUGCGGCUUGCGGCUGUCGAGGGUGAUGCGGUUGUUGGUAGAGGAAGGGGUUUCGGUUGUCAACUGCGUCUCCACCGUAGUAAACCGGAAAAGCUUCCACACGCUCCUUGUUGAGGUUGAUCAGGAACAGACAAGCUUCGACACACGUGCGCUGCAGCAGAAGCUGAUGAGGAUUAACUUAAUCCUUGAUCAUUAGUUUCGGUUUGAUGAUCACGAUGUUUGAUUAGUUUGAUGAUCAUGUAGGGAUUAAUUAGCGAUGGUUGAUGGUCUCCUGUUGGGGGGUUUGGUUAUUUAGUGCGCAUCAUGAGUUAACAAUGGUGGUGAUCCAACUAUUAGUUUCCCUUUCCUAACCACCAAGCUUAGCUAGAUUAACUUAAUCCUUGAUCAUUAGUUUCAGUUUUUUUUUUUGGGUGACAAAGUGGGAUUGAUUCAGCAUUAACACGUACGAUAACCAUUUAAUCACAUUCUAGUUUUGAUUUCCUGAGGUGGGACGAAAUACAUGAUUGAUUACCUUGCUUGGUGUUCCCUUGUUAGUUAACUAGAUGCAUAUAUAGUACUUUUUUACAUGGUUUCUGUCAUAAAUCAGUUGGUCCCAAUAACUCGAGCAUGUCAUAAACCAGUUGGUCCCAAUAACUCGAGUUGUUGGGAGAAGGUUUACUGGAUCCUAUACAGGCCCAUAUAUGAUACUUAACCACUUCCUUACAGUUUCAGAUGUGCAUGGUAGUUGAUUUAGAGCUUUUUUUCUUCUUAUGAUAUCUUUAAUUUCCUUCUUGGCUGAACAUUCUUGAGGUUAAUGCUAGCUAUGGUUCCAUUUGUGGUUUAGAUAUCUUUAAAUGUGGGGGAAAACACCAAUAAUAUUAUUUCUCAUACAUCUAACUGUUUUUAAUUAUAACCGCGGAAGAUUGGAGAUCAAAUCAUGAUGACUAUCAUUCUGUUGAAUUUUAUCGAUUUUUCUUUACAUGAUGGCACUAUAUCAUACAUUUAAUAGGGUGGAUUGGAGAGAGUAUAGUUAAUAAGGGUGGUAAAGAUUUUGGUGGUGACCAGACCAAAAUCUUCAUUUCAUUUUCCAUAUGUCUUUUUUACUGGCUUUUGUACUGUGAGUUACUGAUGAAUUAAUACACAAUGAUGUAAAUUCAGGAUGCUAGCUAAUUAAGUUUGUUUUCUUUAGUUCCAAGUGAAAGGAAAUGUGAAGCAAUUAUUCCAGUGAUAGAUUAGAGGUUAUGGCUAGUUAGUUGUAAAGGUAAGUAAGAGGAUGGGAUAUUGAUGGUGCAUAUAUGGCUGGGGUUUCAUUUCAUUAAUUAAGGUGUGCAGUUCCACCAACCGGCAAAACAAAAGAGGUACAUGCAUAUACAUUUCUAGCUAUGGUGUACUACUUUAUACACAUGUGUUUGAAUUAUAUUGUCCAGUGAAUAAUGUGGAUCAUAAAGGCGAUCUGCAGUAUCCUGAUGAUCAAUUAUAUGCGUAUCUGUACUGGAAAAAUAUAUAUUGCCAGCUCACAAUGAUCUGAUCUUCCCUAUUAUUAUCCUUCCCUCCUAGCUAUAGCUGACUCACUUAAAUAAAGGGUAUUGCUGGGC